AAUAACGAUGAAGAAUUUGCUGGUUUUAUUUCUGUGUUUCUCUUUAUUCAGCUGCAGAGCCGGGUAUGGUUUGGCGCUGUACUCGUCUCUGGGAGAGAAUGUUAUCCUGCCUUGUGAGCAAUUCCAGGAAUAUGAAAACUCGUUAAUUUACUGGGUCUUUAGUCAGAAAUCUAAAUCUUUCCAGCUGGCCACGGGUGGGAACAUUAUAGACAAACAGCCAGAGAGAGCUGCAAGACUGGAGGUGCUGCCUGACUCGUCUCUGCGGAUACACGACCUGCACACAGAGGAUAGCGGCCAGUAUACCUGCCAACAAUUUGUAAAUGAGCAGUUUCAUUCAAGUCUGACUUUUGUUGUUCUGAGCCUGCUCACCAUUAUAGCUGACCCAAGAAGAGACUUAAAGAGAGGUACUGCUUUAUUUCUACAGUGCGCCCUGGUGUGUAAUGGUGGUAUUGCAGACUGCGGUCCUCCUGUCAAUGCUGAACUGACCUGGGUGGAUGAUGAAGGCACAGCCCUGCAGGGAGACAGGUUCAAGAUCACAAAACACAGAACACAUUCCACUCUGUCCCUGCAGCUGCAGAAAUCAGACCACAACAGGAGAUGGAGAUGCAACCUAACUGAGGGGGGUGAAGUAAAGGCUUCGUAUAGCUACACCACCACACUCACAGUCCCUGUUGAAGAUGUGUACUCCAUUGUGGGAGGAUUCGUUCACUUCCCCUGUGCAGAGACUUCUCAACUAGGGCCAGGGCAGCAAUUAAUUUGGUCCUUUACGAGAUCUGGGACCAACAGUGUCAAGACUCUAUUCACAUUCUCACCCAGUGGGAAUGUACUCAUCAAUGAUGAAGAGGUAGACAGGAACAGACUGGCAAUGUCAGCCAAUACUUCCUUGCUGAUCCCCAGUGUCCAGACAGCAGACAGUGGGCUCUAUCAGUGCUCACAGUACAAGGAUUUCAGUCGUGAGAAAAUCCAUCAGAGCUUGGCUCUGAACGUACUCUCUGGGAGUGCUGACCAGAUCUUACCCUUGCAGGCAGGCGCCAACGCCACCCUGACUUGCUCCUUGACUUGUUGGUUUGUAUCUACAUCAGCCAGGCUGGUCUGGAGCGACAGUAAUGGAAAUAGCCUGCAGGGCGGCGCUAGAGAGGGUUUUCUGAUCCAAUCGAACAUCACCAGCUCCCAGCUGUUUGUCACUGGCCUCCAGAGCUCUGAGCAGAUCAGGUGCAGUGUGGAGGAAGAGGGGGAGCAGAGAGUCUACCUGCAGUAUCUCAUUCAAGUACCAGUGUCCAUCUCUAAAGUGGAAUUGAUAAUCAGAGUCUUCAUCUUCUGUGCUGUUCUCAUAAUCCCACCCAGCAUCGGCGCUGUGGUGUACAUCAACAGGAGGAGCAAGCGAGCAGCACAGGAAGUGACCUCAGGGAUAGAGCUCACGCCUGUCAAGUGACUUCCUGUCGGCCCUGGAGUCACUUCCACAUUGUAGGCUUUCCCUUGUAAAAGUUUACCACAAAUUGCCAUGUUUUUUAAUAUGCUUUAACAUACUUAGCUAUUCUUUACAAUAGUUACCUUUGCUUUAUCAUGCUUUCACUGUGCUUGAUUACACUUUGCUACAGCUAUGGCCAAAAGUUUUGCAUUACCUAUU